AUGAAUUUCAAAGACUGUUAUUCCAAAAAUGGCUUGUGUUUGUCUUCCAUAGCGCAGAAACGGCUUCGAAAUAUGACCAGUCAUUCUGCCCGAGUUGGCUCCCUAAGUUGGAACAGCUAUAUCCUGUCCAGUGGAUCACGUUCUGGCCAUAUCCACCCCCACAUCAAAGGAGUUGGGGAAGCAGAACACCAUGUGGCCACACUGAGUGGCCACAGCCAGGAAGUGUGUGGGCUGCGCUGGGCCCCAGAUGGACGACAUUUGGCUAGUGGUGGCAAUGAUAACUUGGUCAAUGUGUGGCCUAGUGCUCCUGGAGAGGGUGGCUGGGUUCCUCUGCAAACAUUCACCCAGCAUCAAGGGGCUGUCAAGGCUGUAGCAUGGUGUCCCUGGCAGUCCAAUGUCCUGGCAACAGGAGGAGGCACCAGUGAUCGACACAUUCGCAUCUGGAAUGUGUGCUCUGGGGCUUGUCUGAGUGCUGUGGAUGCCCAUUCCCAGGUGUGCUCCAUCCUCUGGUCUCCCCACUACAAGGAGCUCAUCUCCCGCCAUGGCUUUUCACAGAACCAGCUGGUUAUCUGGAAGUACCCAACCAUGGCCAAGGUGGCUGAACUGAAAGGUCACACAUCCCAGGUCCUGAGUCUGACCAUGAGCCCAGAUGGGGCCACAGUGGCAUCUGCAGCAGCAGAUGAGACCUUGAGGCUAUGGCGCUGUUUUGAGUUGGAACCUGCACAGCGGCGGGAGUGGGAGAAGGCCAAUGCAGCCAAAAGCAGCCUCAUCCACCAAGGCAUCCGCUGAAGACCAAGCCAUCACCUUAGUUGUUUUUUAUUUUUCUAAUAAAGUCAUGUCUCCCUUCAAAAAAAAAAAA